CUACACCCAGGCACUGCCCGAUUGCUUUGGAUUUCUUUUGCUGCCAGGCUAAGAUUAAACCGGGGACCUGACAGCGCGUGGAGUCGUGAGUGCAGUGGAGAGACGUACUACUAACCUAAAUACGUCUGAAUCAACACCGAGAGUAUAAUUUAAGAACAUUUACCACAGAUUUUUAUAGGAAAUUCGUUUAUUUUAACAAAGACGCAAAUAUGUCCUGGCAAGGCUACGUGGAUAACCUGAUGGCCGAUGGCAGCUGCCAGGACUCCGCCAUUAUUGGGUACACGGACGCCAAAUACGUCUGGGCAGCACAUUCCGGUGGUACUUUUAAUAAUAUAACGCCUCAAGAAAUUGACGUCAUAGUUGGAAAAGAUCGAGAGGGUUUCUUCACUAGCGGUCUGACCUUAGGGCAAAAGAAGUGCUCUGUGAUCAGAGACAGCCUCCUAGUCGACGGUGACUGGACGAUGGACAUAAGGACAAAGAGUCAAGGAGGGGAACCAACAUACAAUGUUUCCGUAGGCAGAGCCGGCAAAGUCUUGGUUCUUGUAAUGGGAAAAGAAGGGGUCCACGGAGGCGGCUUGAAUAAGAAGGCAUACUCAAUGGCAAAAUACUUAAGGGAUUCAGGGUUCUAGAUUAGUUCAGCCUUGUGAAGUAGAUGCAUUUGAGGGAAAAAAACAAACCAACAAAAAAAAAAACACAAAACUUAAGAAAAAAGGGAAAAAAGCAAAUAAAGGAAAAAAAGAAUAUUGCUGUUAAGAUUUCCCCAUCAUGUCAUUAACGUCUCGGAAACAUUAAUAGCAAUGAAGGGUAACUGGGGGGUAAGAUCUAUGUCACCUUUUGUCUCCCUAUGUUUAUUGGGGAAAGACUCAAAGUUUUUUCUUUUCUGUUCAUUUGUUUGUUUUGUUCUGUUUCCUUGUGUACUCCAGUAUUGGUUAUAGUCAUGGGAAAGGAAGGUGUCCAUGGAGGGCAGCUCAACAAGAAAGCUUUUACCAUGGCUGAAUACCUGAGGAAGACUGGGUAUUAAGCAUCCUCCUCCCUCAUCCACCCGGAAGCCCAUUCUCAUCACCAUCACGUUAUCGUUGACACUGCUACUCCAUGUAGUCGGUAGAUGCUUUUACUUUUCUUUCCCAGUUAUGCCCCCCCCCCCCCUAUUUUUUGCCACUCCCUUUCCCCCCACUUCCCUCCUCCAUUUGUUUAUAUGCAUUAACUCACUGUGUACCCAAUUCUCUUUUCUCCCUCUGCUGUCGCACCAUAGGAAAAUAAGCAUGUUAUUAAUGUGACGUUGCAAAAAAAUUGUAUUUUAGAGUUAAAAAAAAAAAAAAAAAAAAGUACAAAAAAUGAUUAAAGACAAAAAAAUUGGGUUGAUUACAGAUCUGGGCACUUGGUAUAAACACAGCACUGGAAACCUAAAUUACGCGAAGGAAACCUAAAUUAGCUUAACGGCUGACAUUGGAUGCAAAGGGUGCCGGUAGUGAUAAUGUUGGAUUGGUCGAUGCCUUUAGAGCGCUUUGAGCAGUUAACCAAGCUCAUAUUUGUCUUCCUUUUCUAUAGCAUGACUAGGAGGGAAUUUGCAUGCAUAUCUUUUUAUCUUAAUAAUGAACUUUAUCCCUUUGACUACCCCUCCCUAACCUCUUAAACAAAAAAAAAAAAAAAAACCUCAUUCUCAACUCUGGCCAAAAUCCUUUCCUUUUUUUUUUUUUUUUACACCUCACUGUACCUUGUAAGGCAACUUGCCACCAUCACAUCACUUUACCAUUUUACAAGGACACCAGCUUUCCUCCUGGACAAAUCACUGUACCUCUUUCCCCCACAAACUAUUGCAACUUCUUUAUUAAUAACCUGCAUUGGAUGCUUUUGCUGUUGUGUUUGGGUGUGGUCUUACAAGUCGUGGUGUGGUGUUGGAUUAUUUAGAUCGUAAUAGCAAAUCGGCAUCGUUGCGAUGCAGGGGAUGUUCUCCCACAAUCUCUUCAUCACAUCCCUGACUAUAUAAUCUCCAUGGACAUUCCACCUUAACAAUAGCUCAGGCACUUGAACCUUUAUUUGCCAGCUCCUGUAAUAUAUAUUCUUUUUUAUUUUUUAAAAAAGGCUGCCAUUUUGGACAGUAGAUAUCCCAGCAUAACCAUCUGGAGUGUUGUCCAGUUUGAAUUGUCUUUUUUUUUUUUUUUUUUUUUUUUUUUUAAUAGGAAAAAUUUUAGUUGCAGCUUGGGGUAUUUGCAGACUUUCUGUGAAUCAUUGUAAAGGGCGACUGGUCACUUCAUCUGUUUGCCAACUGUAUCGUUAACUUUUAAUACUCUAAUGAGAUGACACUAUAGAGAUUUCACAGCUGAAUUUGGUCAAAACAGAUGGAACGCCAUUCGUCCUCAUUCGUCAGCUAUCUUUGCAGAAAUGUCGUCUUCGGAGUACGGCAAUUGACUCUGUAAACCCCCCCCGCUGUGGAGGGAAGAAAAAAAAAACCAUACUGUGGAAUAAAUUGCCUUGUGCUCCAGUCAUCAAAUAAGAUGUGGUAUCAGAAGUUGUCUGUGAAAGCACGGUACUUAAUGUAAUGUCCAAUUAAAAAAAAACGUGGAAAGUAACCAAAAAAAAAAGAAAAAAGAAAAAGAAAAAAAAAUUGUGCACACUUUUCAUGGGAGAUGGUAUUGGUUGGAAUAAGACCACUUUUGGUUGUCUUGUGGAAUCUUUCUACAAUGUGUAUCCUGUGCCAUAAUGUAGAGCUAUGAUCUGUUGCAGUUGUGAGAUGGAUUUUACCCGCUGCCCUGCGAGGAGUCACUGGAAUGGCACUUCCUACGGAUAUUCUAGCGCAAGCUCAACGUGUUCAGGCCUUGUGGAAUAUGUACAGAUUAAAACAACCCUUUGUCGCUGA